CCAUCUCCCUAUGCCCAUUUGUCUUUUUGCAUGCUUCUUUAGGAAUCACAUGUCCUUGGCCAGAUAUUCCAAAUGGAAAAAUUGUCUCUGGAUUUCGACGUACUUAUAACUACAAAGACAGUGUUUUGUUUGCCUGCCAGAAAGGUUUUAUCCUCAGAGGCAGCAGUUUAAUCCAUUGUGAAGCUGGAAACAACUGGAGUCCUUCUCUUCCCAUUUGUGAGCGCAAUAGUUGCACUAACAUACCAGACAUUCCACAUGCCUUAUGGGUAGAAAUUCCAGAGUCUGGAAAAGAAGGUAUGGGUGUGUAUCAGGCUGGCACUGUGCUAAGGUAUAGAUGUCAUCGUGGCUAUGAACCUGCUACACAUGCGCCCACAACUGUGACUUGUCAGAGGAAUUUCACAUGGAGCCCAUUUAAAGGAUGCAAAAAGAUAUGUUGUCCAAUACCAAACCUAGAGAAUAUCAGAAUCCUUCAACCUAGAAAACAUCAUCCUGAAAAUGGUUGUAUUUACUUCUAUGGAGACACAGUGUCAUAUAGUUGUCAUGACAAACAAAUCCUUUCAGCUACAUGCAGAUCAGAUGGCACAUGGGAUCCCCAAAUAUCAUCGUGUCAUCAAAGUUGUAGUUUUCCUCCUAAUAUUGCCCAUGGACAUUAUACUCAACACAGUACUUUAUUCAAAUACUACGCUAGCUAUCAAUGUGAUGAAGGAUAUAAACUGGUUGGACAGGCAGAACUCUCCUGCAUUUACUCACAGUGGUCAGAAGCAGCUCCACAGUGUAAAGCUCUCUGUCUAAAACCAGAAGUAGAAAAUGGAAAGCUGUCUGUGGAUAAGGAUCAGUAUAUUGAACAUGAAAAUGUCACCAUCCACUGUGAUGCCGGCUUUACUAUGCUGGGUUCCCAAAAUAUCACUUGCUCAGCGAAUAGAACCUGGUACCCAGAGGUGCCCAAGUGUGAGUGGGAGGGCUCUGAAGGCUGUAAGCAAGUGCUCAAGGGCAGGGAACUCAUGCAUUGCCUAUCAAGCCCAGAGGAUGUGAAAAUGGCUCUGGAGGUGUAUAAACUGUCCUUGGAGAUUGAACUCCUAGAACUGCAGAGAGACAAAUUGAGAAAGUCUCUCCUCAAGCCACCACUGUAAUUUUUCUCAAGAAGGAGGAAGAGCUUCUUCACUUGUUUUCUGAGUUCAGUGCUGAUUUGAGUUUAACAUUCUUAUGUCAAUUUGGCGUAAUUCAUGAUAAUAAGUAUCUAGAUAUGAUAAUUCAUUAAAAUAUAAUGUUAGAUUACAAAAUCA